UCUCAAUCCUUCAAUCCUCCUUUUUAUCUUCAAUUCGAUCGAAAGUCCGGUGACUUCGACAGCGUAACGAUGGCCCCCAAGAGCAAGAAGUCUGGUGACAACAUCAACUCCAGGUUGGCCCUGGUGAUGAAGAGUGGAAAGGUCACUCUGGGAUACAAGUCGACCCUGAAGACCCUCCGUAACGGCAAGGCCAAGCUCGUCAUCAUCGCCGCCAACGCUCCCCCUCUCCGCAAGUCUGAGCUCGAGUACUACGCCAUGCUUGCCAAGGCUCCCGUUCACCACUUCUCCGGCAACAACGUAAGUUUGUGUUUGUUCUUGUGCUUUACGGAUCUCCAGGUUGCUCUGCUUCACGGCCCCGGCAGUUAAAUCAUGCUCUGGGAGCCACCCUGAGAAGAAGCCGUCAAUCUUGGCUUUGGAGGGUAAAAAACAUUGGCUGACGUAUACUCUUUUUGCUCGACAGAUUGAGCUUGGUACCGCUUGCGGUAAGCUCUUCCGUUGCUCGACCAUGUCCAUCUUGGACGCUGGUGACUCGGACAUCCUCUCCGGUGCCCAGUAGGUUAUGAAAAAGAC